UCCGUUUAGUUUUCAGUGAAUUUACGGUAGAUUUUGUUUCAAAAAUGCAAGACAACUAGUUGGAACCUGAACCCAAUUUUUUUUUUACAAUAUCUGUGAUAUGUGAUUAAUUUCGUUAACUCAUAAAAUUAGAAAAGAAAUGAUGUGUUCAGCUCUAAUAAAAUCAAGAAUAUGCUCAAAAUCACACUAAUGUUAAGUCUAUAAUUGUGCCGACCAUAGUUACAAAACUCACAUUCAAAUCAGUCUGGGAGAUUCUUUGACGUGUUUACUAUAAUAUUUAAAAAAAAGAAAAAAAUGCGCGAUUUAGAAACUUCAUAGUUUUGGUUUGAAAUUGAUCAUGUUUGAAGCUUUAUUUUAUCCAUUCCAUUUGCUGUCUUUUACUGCGGUCUCUCUUGGGUCGGGGUAUAGCACCGACCGUACUUUCUUCGACCGAUGGGAUAAUUUAUUACUUCCGACAUCUUUUCGGUGACAAAUUUAAUCUUUGCAUACUUCAGUGUAGUUAGUGAACUCGUUGUGACCACUGAUAUAAGAAAUAGUAAAUUUUGAAAUGGGACAAAAGUCGAAAAUUCCACUUUCGAAACCACGCAAAAGUCGAAGAAAAUUAGGUAGAUUAUUCAGGUAAAAUUUACAUGAUACGUAAAAAUAACAUUUAAACAGAAUUUUUGCAGAAACGAAUAUUUAGCUAAAAAGCACUCUUCUGAAUCAACAAGUGUAUCUACACAUAUGUUACCAAGCACUUCGGGUACAAAUCAAUUGACAACACACAAGGACGAUCAUAUUAACAUAAUUAAAAAUAAAAAGAUACCAGAAUAUAAUUAUUCUCCAGUUACUGUAAGUGAUAUAAAUCAAUCCUAUGCGAGUUUUCCAGUGGAAAAUUUAGAUGCAAUUAGAAGCAAUGAAUUACUAAAAGAAGAGGAUCAUACUCUUAUUGAGAUACAUAAUAGCCCAAAAAGAGAAGAAGACUGUCCAGUAAUUGGUAGGCGUAUAAUAAAUGUUUCCUACUUUUUGGAGCAGUGCAUGAAUUUCCCUCAUCAUAGUUUAUUUUCAUGUGCGUCUAGUUGUGUGAAACUCGUUAAAGAAAUAAGAAAAGGAUUUAUUUCAAAGUUUGUUCUACAGUGUGCAAUGUGUAAAGUACAGCACAUUGUCGAUAGUGAUAUAAAUGAAGGUAAACUGAAUACUAAUGGAGCUGCAAUCCUGGGAAUUAUGAAUAUUGGCGGCGGUUAUUCUCAACUUAACGAAUUAGCGGGGUCCUUGAAUAUGCCGGGAAUGUCAUACAGGUUAUACAAUAAAAUUGAGACAAACUUGAACGAAAUAUUCCAAAAUGAAUGUUGGCAAUCCAUGAUUGAUGCUGGAAAAGAAGAAGUGAAAAUUGCAAUAGAAAAUGGCAAUGUAGAUGAAAAUUGUGUGCCACUUAUUACUGUGAUUGCUGAUGGUGCAUGGUGCAAAAGAUCCUACCGCACAAAUUACAAUGCCAAAUCUGGUGCAGCGUGCAUAGUUGGAGAAAAAACCGGCAAAAUACUUUUUCUGGGAAUACGAAAUAAAUAUUGUGCAAUGUGCGUAAAGGACGAAAGUAAACCCCAUUUAUGUUUUAAAAACUGGAAAGGAUCAAGCUCAGCCAUGGAAAGUGAUAUUAUUUUAGAAGGGUUUAAAAGAAGCCUAGAAAUGCAUGGUGCAAAAUAUGCAUCUUUGAUAGGAGAUGGAGAUUCAAGCGUAUACAAAAAAAUUAUGGAAGCCGAACCCUAUGGAGAAUUUAUGGUAACAAAAAUUGAAUGUGCAAAUCACCUUCUUAGAAAUUAUGUUACUAAAUUAAGAGAUAUUGCGCAAAAACGGUUUAGUUCGCAAGGUAAAGAAGUGGACAUCGUACUACGACAUGCAUUGAAAAAUAACAUCUCACGUCUCCGUCUUUCCAUAGUUUGUGCUAUCAAGUAUAGACGGACUCAAAAUUAUGAUCACGGUCAAAGUGUUCAACAUCUAAAAAAGGACAUAACAAACAGUGUGUAUCAUGUUUUUGGUGAACAUAAACUUUGUGACGUGUACUUUUGUGAAGGAUCAAAACCCAAUGAAAAAAAUUUGAUACCUUUGAUGGAAAAGUGCGGUUUACUAAACGACAUAUUAGCAUCUGUAAAUAGAUUAUACUAUCAUAGUAAUAGUUUAAUAAAAAAUAUGACAAAUAACAAUGCCGAAAAUUACAAUUCGGUUUUAGCUAAAUUUAUUGGAGGAAAACGAGUGGAUUUUUCAAAAAAAGGAAGUUAUGAAAUGCGGUGUAAUUUGGCAGGCUUAUCUUUUAACAAAAAAGGUGCAUUUUAUGACACCAUUCAUAGAGCCAUAACAGCUAGAAGCCCAGGGGCGUAUACAAAAAAAUUAGCCCAGACAAAAGAGAGACGACGUUUAAACAAUCUCUCAAGGAAAAGAUUACGGUUUGAUUGUGAUUCAACCGCUUCCAUGAUGAGUAAGCGUAAAAAAAAAAAUUCGGAUACAAAUGUAAGUGACGAUGAAGAUUACGGAGAAAAUGUGCGUGCUCUAGAUAUAUGUCCCGUAGAAGUGAGCAGGAUGAAGAAUGAAUUUUUAUCUGGUCUUCGAAAAACGGAAGAAGAAAUUGCUCAAUUAUGUGCUGCAACAAUAGAUCAAUCCACAUCUAAUCUGUGGUACACAGAACGCCGGAAACGCCUAACAGCUUCAUACUUUGGGAAAAUUUGUAAAAUGCGGCCGUCUACUAAUCCAGCAAAUACAAUAAAGGCACUUCUUUAUUCGACAUUUUCGGGUAGUAAAUAUACAGAUUAUGGUAAAGAUCAUGAACUCACUGCAAGAAAAGAUUUUUCUAAAAUGAUUGAGAAAGAUGUUACAGAAUGUGGGUUUUUUGUUGGAAAAGAUGAUUAUUGUUACCUAGGGGCGUCACCCGAUGGUUUAAUUGAUAAUGACGGGUUAGUUGAAAUCAAAUGUCCAUAUAAGGGACGAGAUUCUACACCUGAAGAUGUCAUUUUGAGUAAAAAAAUUAAUUUUGCAACAUUUGUCAACGGUAAAUUUCAUUUAAAAAGAAAUGAUAACUUUUAUUAUCAGGUUCAAGGUCAGUUGCAUGUCACUGAACGACAAUAUUGUUUUUUUAUAUUGUGGACACCGAAGGGUUUAUUAUUUGAAAAAAUAUUUAGAGAUGAACAAUUUUUUAAGGAAAAAAUGGAAAAAAAGUUAUAUAAAUUUUAUCACAGUUAUUACGUUAAUAAUCUACUAAAAUUGCAAACAAAAAAUUUAGUUUAGUCAUCGUUUGAUUAGUUUUACUAAUUAUUGUUGUAUAAUUCUACAUAUUAUUAGAGCCAAGACUUCUACCAUUACGGGUACAUACUAUGCAUUGAUUAGAUUAAUUUCUGUAUAUAUUUGUUUUUUAGACCUACCACUGUUUGUAUUGUUAAACAAAAGUAUAAAUUGAUGUUACUAGUAGAAAUUUUGUUAUUGUUACUUUAUAUAAUAACCUUAUUAAUAACUUAUUUUCCUUCUCGGCUUUUUGUCAAACACCAAAGUGUUUUACCUGAAAGCAUUUUAUUUUGAAUUUAGACGAUAAUAACCCGAUGGGGAACUAGUUAUAAUUGAAACGUGUAAACCAACUAAUUGAAAUACUUACUUAGUUAUAAGUAAAACAGUUUUAUAAAUACGAAUAAAUAAAAACGAAACAAGUUAGUGGUCUCUAGUUUACUUUUAAUUCGCAUCACAUCAUGAUAUAUGAGUACUGAUGCAGAAAUUGAUGAUUUUCUCGUUGCAUUUCAAUAUAUGGAGGUAUUCAGUAGAAUCAUACUGACAGUCGAAACUGAUUGUGGCGGACUUACAACAAAUCAUUUUAAAUGUUGCUUUUGCGAAAGUGUUUAUUGUUAUGUGAAAUAUUUUGUGUUCGAAAAAUAACUGCAUUUAUAAUUUUUGCGCUAUGUUCUUUUUUUGUCGUAAA